AGUCUGCGGAAGUCCUGACGGAGAGCUCUUUUGUUUUGGCCGCUGAGACUCGACAGUGUAGUUUCAUUCACCUGGUUAAAUCGUUUUUUAUCUGCACUACUUUCGGUGAGUACUCGUAUUGUCACCUUCUCGCUGCUGUAUCGCAGCUCAACCUCGUCGCGUAGACGCUAAAAUGUCGUUUUGGGAACUGUAAAAUAACGUUUUUGGGGGAAUGUUAGCUUAGCGUUAGCCGCAUUGUGGCUAAGCGGCGCAUGGUGAGGCCCAGAGCUAACCGAUGCUAAUGCUACAUUUAGCCAGCUGUAGAGUGGCGAAUCCUUGAUGAUAUAUCUUGUCCUCCACCCCUCACAGAUUCACAGAAACACUGCUGAUGGAGGUUUUAUUUCUGCAGCAUGUUUGAUUUAUUUAAACUAAAAACACAAUAGCUCCAUUGUACCACCUCGAGCUGUCUUUUGUCUGUUUUGUCUUCAUUUCCGCGUGAGUUGGACAUUUUUAAAACCCUCUAAUCUGGCCCUGAUGACUCAAUCAAAUGCAAAAUAAAUUCCAUAUUGUAUAAAGAUGGAGAUAAAAUAUUCUGCAUAUUCCCCAAAAAAUCCCAAAAAUAAAUAGUCUCAAAAAAUAUAUAUUUAACAUUUAAAUAUAGAUUACAACUAUAUUUAAUGUAUUCAUUAGAAGGCUGAUUAAAUUCCAUAAUAACUGGUAGUUUUUACACAUGUACAACAUAUGUCAUAUAUAUUAUUUACUUAUUGGUUUAUUUGUUAAGGGACAGUGCACAUUAAUAAAGAAAGAGGCUAUUUUUCACCUGUAUGUUACAAAGUCAACCUAAAAACAGAAUAUAAGAUUAAAUGUACAAAGUUAUGCAACAUUAUACUGCACUGUCAAGUACUUCAAAGAGCAUAUACACUACAUAUACUUCUAUUUGUCUUCAGGCUUUAACGUUUAAACUUGUGUAAGAAUAAUUUACAGUCGUGAUCUCAUGACAUGGAGCUCAACCAAGUUACACCCACAGCUGGCAUAACUGAAGGGAGCGCUGUGUAUUGUUCACUCGUGUGUAAACAUCUGUAAUUAAACAUCUGUCCUUCAGAGUGUCUUUUAUGAGUAAUCAAAAGCAGCAAAAGCCGACGCUAACUGGCCAGCGGUUCAAAACGAGGAAAAGAGAUGAAAAGGAGAGAUUUGACCCUACUCAGUUUCAAGAAAGUAUCGUACAAGGCUUGAAUCAAAGUGGCUCUGAUUUGGAAGCGGUCGCUAAGUUCCUCGAUGGCACUGGUGGCAAGCUUGACUACCGGCGGUAUGCAGAGACGCUCUUUGACAUCCUGGUGGCCGGCGGCAUGCUGGCCCCGGGUGGGACUCUAUCCGACGACAUGACCCGCACUGAGUUCUGCCUCUUUACGGCACCAGAAGACCUGGACACCAUGCAAGCAUAUGCUCAGGUUUUUAACAAGCUAAUCAGGCGUUACAAGUACCUGGAGAAGGGGUUCGAAGAGGAGAUCAAGAAGUUGCUGCUGUUUCUAAAAGGGUUCACAGAGUCCGAGCGCAACAAGCUGGCCAUGCUUACCGGCAUCCUGCUGGCCAACGGCAACAUAUCAGCCUCCAUCCUUAACAGCCUCUACAAUGAGAACCUCGUCAAGGAGGGAGUGUCUGCAGCGUUCGCUGUCAAGCUCUUCAAGUCGUGGAUCCACGAGAAGGACAUCAACUCUGUGGCUGGCAGUCUCCGCAAAGUCGGCAUGGACAACAGGCUGAUGGAGCUCUUUCCUGCCAACAAACGGAGCUGCGAGCAUUUUUCUAAGUACUUCACCGACGCCGGGCUGAAGGAGCUGUCCGACUUCGCCCGCAACCAGCAAUCCAUCGGCGCCCGCAAGGAGCUGCAGAAGGAGCUGCAGGAGCAGAUGUCCCGCGGUGACCCUCAGAAGGAGAUUAUCAUCUUCACCAAAGAGGAGAUGAAGAAGUCCAACCUCUCGGAGCAGGCCAUGAUCAGCAUCAUCUGGACCAGCGUGAUGAGCUCCGUGGAGUGGAACAAGAAGGAGGAGCUGGUGACCGAACAAGCCAUCAAACUCUUGAAGCAAUACAGCCUUCUUCUGAAAGCCUUCACCUCCCAAGGUCUGUCCGAGCUCAGCCUGCUGCUGAAGAUCCAGGAGUACUGCUACGACAACAUCCACUUCAUGAAGGCCUUCCAGAAGAUCGUGGUGCUCCUCUACAAAGCCGACGUGCUGAGCGAGGAGGCCAUACUGAAGUGGUACACCGACACACACAUGGCCAAGGGGAAGAGCGUCUUCCUCGAGCAGAUGAAGAAGUUCGUGGAGUGGCUGAAGAACGCCGAGGAAGAGUCUGAGUCUGAGGAAGAGGAGACGGACUAAAGCCUCCGACGCCAGACGAGCUCUUUUCUUCUUCUCAAAGAUAGCAGCAGGAGCUUCUUUUCCUUUUACCUCCUGUUUCUUCUUCCACACACACACACACACACACACACGCACGCGCUUCCACCACUCUGAAAACUAAACUAAAUUUCUAAAGUCCUGAUUCGUAAAACGUUUAGUCGUCGUGCCUCACAGUGGAAGCAGAAAGCGAUGAAUACUCCGCUCCUUCGUUAUUAUAUUUUGGGUGUUAUUGUUGUACUUCCUCUGUAGUUUGGAUACGAAACAUUCCACGUGACGUCGACGGCCGCUGUUCGUACGAUCCACGACGGCGAUUUGGACUUUGCGUUCUUUCGCUGACGAAACUGCGAUUUUUACCAACGUUUUUCUUUUACUUCUUCUUCUCCCCUUUUUGACUUUUGCCCGGCUCAUGGUUUGGCUGCAGUUGGGUCCUAAACUCCGCCUUCUUUCUUGACUUUCAGGGUAUUUACCUGUUCCACGUGUCAGAAACAAUGCAUCGCCAGCUAACUGGUUAUUAUUGGUUUCUACUUUCUUCAAUCUGAUAUGAACCGACUUUUUUUUAUGAAAAUAAAAAUGAUUGAAAUGCUUCCA